AUGGAUCUGCUUCCAGCCCAGGAGGCUGCCAAAAUCUACCACACCAACUAUGUGAGAAACUCCCGAGCCAUCGGCGUCAUGUGGGCCGUAUUCACUAUCUGCUUCGUCAUCAUCACCGUGGUGGUCUUCAUCCAGCCCUUCUGGAUCGGGGACAGCGUCAACACCCCGCAGGCCGGGUACUUCGGCCUCUUCCACUACUGCAUUGGCAAUGCGCUCACCUCGGAGCUCACCUGUAAGGGCAGCGUGCUGGACUUCGCCUCCAUCCCGUCUCCGGCCUUCAGGACAGCCAUGUUCUUCGUCGGGACCUCCAUGCUGCUGAUCGUGGGCACCAUGGUCUGCUUCAGCUUGUUCUUCUUCUGCAACACCGGGAACGUGUACAGGAUCUGUGCGUGGAUGCAGCUGGCCUCAGCUGUGUUGAUGGUGAUGGGCUGCAUGAUCUACCCGGAUGGCUGGGACGCUCCUGAGGUGAAAAGGAUGUGCGGCCAGAGGACUGAUAAGUACAGCCUAGGGAACUGCACAGUGCGCUGGGCCUACAUCCUCGCUAUCAUCAGCAUUCUGGACGCCCUCCUGCUGGCACUUCUGUCCUUUACCCUCGGCAACCGACAGGACAAACUGCUGCCAGAUGACUUUGAGGUGGAGGGAGAACGUGAGGGCUAA